UUGGCCAGUAUCUACACCAUGAAGCCAGCAGCUGUAUGCCGGUUCCUAAUGCUGAGUUUGGUGAUCAUUUUAACUGCAGAGUUAUCCUCAGGAGAUACAAUUGACUGCAGCAGGUAUAAAAAACUGCCACCAGGCGAGUUUCCAGCAUGCACCGGAGAAUUUUUGCUAAUCUGUGGUUCUAAUGGAAGAACAUAUAUCAACAAAUGUAAUUUCUGCCAUGCCGUUAAGCAAAGUGAUGACAACAUCAAAUUUGUACACUGGGGGACUUGUAAAUAUCAACAUCAGAUCUAAAAUAUCUCCCAGUGCUUUUCAUUGCCAUUAUAAUAGUGCAAAAUAAAUCUAUUUCCAGAAGAUUUUCCUUUUUUGGAAUUCAGAAUAUUGGCUCUUCAACUUUGA